AUGAACGUCGUGGUGCGUCAGAUGGGGGGCCAGGCGGCAGGCGAAGCGCCCGCUCCCAAUUGGCAGGCUGUUGCGGAGCUCCGCACAAAGCUGGGCUACGUCGACGCUCAUUCAAUGUGUAGUUCACGCCACCUGCGCAGCAAGGGCCGGUGCUGGAGGGCAUGCCGCCGUACGAGCGUGGACGUCAUGAAGUCAGGCGGCUACAAAGUGUCGGCGCUGCCUGUCGAGAAUGCACUGCUGGCGCACAGCCGCAUCCGGGAGUGCGCAGUGCUCGGCUUGCCGCAUGACUCCCUAUGGAGGCUAUCGCGGCUGUGA